AGCGUUGGAUACACUGGUGUCAGAGGUGGGAUGGUGACUGAUCCCACUUCUGUGAAAAUGGACAAUAAAGAUUGUUUUCUAUUCUAUUUAUGAUGCUUUGCUCUGUUCCGGUAUAGGCUACUUUUGUAGAACGUCCUCGGGCAGAUCUGGAACGCGCCCAAUGCGUAAUUCAAGUAGGCUACAAGCGCACUCGCUUUUGUGCGCUUCUGAAGGUACAGUAGUCACAUGAUCCAAACGGGAACAAACUCCAUUAGAACUCUUGAUAGUGCAUACAUAGUGAUCUAGCUCUGAGCGCAACAUGAUCAUCGACAGAAUUAUCGAGAACGGCCUGAAUCUUGUGCAUCCAGGGACUGUUGUAACGAGCCCCGUGUAUUUGGGGUCUUUUUACCAGGAUACCUCACCUGCAACGGAGAUCAACAACUCUCUCUGUGCGCCAAACGAGUUUGAUGGCUGGGGAAAGGUUGGGAGCCCGACUCCGCCAACUGCAGACAGUGCCACGAACGAGUGUUCCAUGAGUGAGGUGCGGUCUUUUGGCCGUUUCCAAGGUGUACGGGUGAAGAAUACAGUGAAAGAACUCAUCAUGCAGAAGCGCCUUAGCAACCAAAAUGUACAGCAACACUCUGAGGGAGAAUACACAGAGUUGACCUCCCUUCUUCAAGGGCAUAAGAGGACUGGGGACUUCAGCUUGAUAACCGAUUCACCUGCUAAAAGACUUGCUACUGCAAAGGCAAUCCUGAGUCUGAGCCCUCCAGAGGGACGCACAUUGGACAUUGACUUCAUGGAACUGGGAUAUGAGUCCAUGAAAUCAGAGACCUCCCCACAAGAGACCCUCCCUGACCCCUUCAGCCUCUUCGACUAUCAGUCCCUCUACCCUCAAACCCACAUGCCACAAGCAAUGGGAAACUCCUAUGUCCCCCAGCCUUUCAUAGCCCCGCUAACCCCAAAGGGUGUUUGGCCAUUGGCUCAGUUUGCUGAAGGGGAGCCGACGUCCUUCUUUCAAUGGCAGAUACGACAGGAAGAGGAGAAGUUGGCAGGGCUCACCCCCGAGAUGCUCACAAGCCAGGAUAAUGAUGGAGACACAUUCUUGCACAUAGCUGUGGCACAGGGCAGAAGGGCUCUAGCUUAUGUGCUGGCCAGCAAGAUGGCUACUGUCGGCAUGCUGGAUAUGAAGGAGCACAAUGGCCAGAGUGCCCUUCAAUUGAGCGUUGCAGCCAAUCAACAUCUGAUAGUGCAGGACCUGUUGGCCCAGGGGGCUCAGAUCAACACCACUGACUGCUGGGGCCGCUCCCCUCUGCAUGUGUGUGCAGAGAAGGGCCACGCUCUCACUCUCCAGACCAUCCAAAGAGCUCUGAAGGGUAAAGGGCAGGAGCUUAGUGUGGAAGAAGUCAACUAUGAUGGCCUAACUCCUCUUCAGACAGCGGUCCGCUCUCACAAUGCGGUUGUCCAGGAAUUGGGCCGUAUGGCGGCGACCCCCCAGUCCCCUGGGGAGGUGGAGUUGAUGCAGAGAAGGAAGCUACUGAGGCAGUGUGUCAACACACUGCUGCUCAUGGGAGCCUCCUGUGCAACUAAGGAUCAUAAAAGUGGCCGCACCUCCCUGCACAUGGCUUCUCAGGAGGCCAAUGUGGAGCUUUUACGCAUCUUCCUCGACCAGCCAGCCUCUCUGUCUAUCGUCAAUGUCAAGGCAUUCAGUGGAAACACAGCGCUACACUUUGCCAGUUCUGUGCAUGGUCGCCUGACUCAGGUAGAUGCUGUGAAACUGCUGAUGAGGAGAGGGGCCGACCCCAGCUCCAAGAACCUGGAGAAUGAGCAGCCUGCCCAGCUGGUGGCUGAAGGGCCCGUCGGAGACCAGGUGCGGCGUAUCCUGAAGGGGAAAGGCUACCAGGUCCGGUCUGCUGCCCAGUAGGAUGAAAUCUCCUGUCCAGAAACACUGUCAGUCAGACAGUCCAGUCUACGUAGAAAUGAUUUGCCAUCGUAUGUAUGGCAGAUGUCAGUUGUUUCAAUGAAACAGUGAAUGUUGUUCGCUACAGUGUAGUGUAUUUUGAGGUAACCAUGUGAUCGUCUACCUUAAAGGGGCAAUCUGCAGUUGUUACAUCCAUUUUUGGACUUGUAAAUGAUUAAUAUGUACCCAUUGUUUCUUGGCGAAUAUGACUUAUACAUUCAUCAUGAGCUUAGUUCAACUGUCGUACCCCAUCAGAACCCAAAAUAUAUAAGCUUGUUUUACUCCAAUGUUUGUAAACAAAGUACAUGGUAACAAACACUAUAAACAGUAGCUUCAAAAUAUGGUUCAAGCUAUAAUGUUGAUAUCAUGGAUGGUUACUCCUUAGCCGUGCCUAUGAAUUUGAGUGUUAACAUUUCUCUAGCCCCAUCCCUCCAGCUUUUUACUGAAACGGGCAGAGAAUACGCUUUGUUUUUGUUUCAACUGCUGACUGCCGCUUUAAGGAAUGACGCCUGAAGGGGUUUUCACCACUAAACCACUUUGGGUUGAGUCACAGGUUGACUCGCCUGUAAUGUUGGUGUGAAACACCUUGAGCUGGAAUGUGCAUUGUAGCUAGGGCUUGACCACAUAGUAGUAGCUAGGGCUUGACCACAUAGUAACAGUGUAAUGUAGCUAGGGCUUGACCACAUAGUAACAGUGUAAUGUAGCUAGGGCUUGACCACAUAGUAACAGUGUAUUGUAGCUAGGGCUUGACCACAUAGUAACAGUGUAAUGUAGAUAGGGCUUGACCACAUAGUAACAGUGUAAUGUAGAUAGGGCUUGACCACAUAGUAACAGUGUAAUGUAGAUAGGGCUUGACCACAUAGUAACAGUGUAUUGUAGCUAGGGCUUGACCACAUAGUAACAGUGUAAUGUAGAUAGGGCUUGACCACAUAGUAACAGUGUAAUGUAGAUAGGGCUUGACCACAUAGUAACAGUGUAAUGUAGAUAGGGCUUGACCACAUAGUAACAGUGUAAUGUAGAUAGGGCUUGACCACAUAGUAACAGUGUAAUGUAGAUAGGGCUUGACCACAUAGUAACAGUGUAAUGUAGCUAGGGCUUGACCACAUAGUAACAGUGUAAUGUAGCUAGGGCUUGACCACAUAGUAACAGUGUAUUGUAGCUAGGGCUUGACCACAUAGUAACAGUGUAAUGUAGAUAGGGCUUGACCACAUAGUAACAGUGUAAUGUAGAUAGGGCUUGACCACAUAGUAACAGUGUAAUGUAGCUAGGGCUUGACCACAUAGUAAGUGUUUUUUUGAAUUUCUUGGAGGUUCUGGUACGGUGGCAGCAUGGGAGUCUUGCCUUAUUUUAUUCAUUUUAAAUGUGUAUUUUCAUUUACUUUAUAAAUAAAUGAAAAUAAAUGAGUUGGCUAGUGUCACAUAAUUAAGCUAUAUAACGGGUCAUUGAGUUUGUGCAUAUUUUGCUUUAGUACCCAUCUCAAUUAUAUACUGUACCAUGGAGAUGAGAUGUUAGUGCAAUAUUCAGACGUGUAAUUUGUUUGAUCUCUUGUGGAAUGUAAAUAUAGGAUUUUUUUCGAUGUAUUAUCACCAAAUUUCUUAACAAUAAAUACAAUUGAUUAACAGUG